AUUAUAUGAACACAGUCUAAGUGAUACUCACUUCUUCUCAGCUCUGGGAGGGACCAUUAUCAGAAUGGAUCUGAUGGAGAUCGAUGACAGUGUACAUAUGAAGACGAGCCUCAUCAAGGAUGGCCUUGUCACCAAAGUUGCAGUGUGAUGACCACAUUACUAUUUAUCCUCCCGUUGAUCUUUAAGGAAGAAAGCCCUCCUCUAGAUGUGCCUCUGUGAGUCUCGGAUUAUUGUGCACGCUCCUUUUUGCUGCAAUUGUAGGACAGUUCCUCUACUGUAAGUAUUUCAGUUGUCACUUUAAAAAUACAUUUUUUAAGCUAGCAAUUCCCACCAUGUCCUUGUAUUAAAAAGUCCAUAUAGAGCUCAUGUUUAAGAUAAUGAAAAACCACGACUAUGCCUGACAGUCACGUGCCUUUGUGAGGUUUGACAUUUAAAGUUUAUUGAAAGUACUGAAUCACCAGUAAAGUGACGUUACAGUGGUGGCUAAUGAGGAGGGCUGGGCUGGCUUUUUAACAUGAACUUGUACCUCAGUUUAACUUUGAGUCAGAGUGGACAUUUGAGCAGUUAGAAGAAAAUUCUUUAAAGUAUUCUUGAGACAUCACAUUCAUACAGACAAGGAUUAGGGACAUUGGCGAAGGAGUAAAAAAACUAUGGCCAAGUGGAGAAUAAAGUAGAAAUUUUGAGAAUGAUGUUGAAACAUAAUUUCGAGAUUGAAGUUGAAAUGAUGACAUAGAAGUCUAGACGUGGUAUUAUAAACAGCAGAUCUUAGAUACUGUGUCUUUAUGUGCUUAAGAGAAAGAAUCUCUUGGUUGUUAAAUCCAGUAAUUAGGUAUAGUUUCACAUAUUCAUCUUUAUAUAGCAUAAGGCAUUUAGUAGAGACAGUCAUGAUCUGUUUGUUUUUGUCUCAAAUACUCAUACAUCAACAGGUAGGGACAUAACAGCUCAAGUGUCCCUCUUCCCAUCUUAUCACCUGUAGAGAUGCACAGGUGAUAGAGUCAACCCUGAAAUUGUGCUACUGAACCAAACAAAUGGGCCCAAGUGCAAAACUCAAACACAGAGGCAAAGUUCAAAGUUCAUUUAAUCAGUCCAAGUCGGUACACGAUAAAUCACAAGGCAGAGGUAUCCAAAACGGCAGGCAAAGACGGAGUUAAAUAACUAGGUACUGAUCAAAAACUAACUAGGAACACUAGAGGGAAUGCUGGAACGCUGACACAAGGACCAGACGAUCUGGCAGGGAAGGAAAGGACUGGGGAGACUAAAUACGCUGGGGGAAGGGAGACAACACACAGGUGAAACACAUGAGGUAAUCACAGACGCGGGGAACAGGUAGGGAUGGACAAGAAGGAGCGACCUGAAAGGAGACAAGGUAAGUAUACAAAAUAAAACAGGAAACACAAAACACGAGGGACUAAAACUAAGAAUACACUAAAAUUAACCCAUAGACAUGACAGUACCCCCCCUUCUAAGGCCGACUCCAGACGGCCCAGGCUCGUCAGGAUGAUCCUUGUGGAACUCUUGGAUGAGGCUGGGAUCCACAAUGUUGCUAGCUGACACCCAUGACCCUCUUCUGGGCCAUAUCGUUCCCAAUCCACAAGAUAUUGAUGACCGCGACCCUUCUGUCUGACAGCCAAGAGUUUCAUCCACCAUCCAGGGGGGAGGAGGGGGUUUGGAAGCAGGGACCAAGGCGCUCUCCUUGACAGGCUUUACUUGACUGAUGUGAAAUGUAGGAUGUACUCUCAUGGGUCUAGGGAGUUUCAGUCUCACAGAUACUAGAUUAAUAACUUUUGAUGUAGGAAACAGACCAACAAACCUUGGGGCGAGUUUCCUGGCUUUCACUCGAAGAGGGAGAUGUUUGGUUGAGAGCCACACUUUCUGACCAGUGCCGUAAACAGGUGCAGGGCAAUGAUGGCGAUCAGCUCUCUCCUUGUACAGCGAUGAGUUCCGCAGCAGCAAUCACCGAGCUCUUUCCCAGAUGCGUCUGCAAUGUCGGGCCAAGGCAGAUGGCACGCUAACCUCUUUUUCCAGGGCAGGGGAUAGAGGUGGUUGGUAGCCAAACACGCACUGAAAAGGAGACAGUCCAGAGGAUGAGCAAGACAACGUAUUGUGUGCAAAUUCUACCCACGAAUGUGUUUGCUCCAUGAAGCAGGAUUCUGGGAAGCGAGGCAGCGGAGACCCGUCUCCAACUCUCGGUCAAGCUGUUCAGUCUGUCCGUUACUUUGUGGGUGGUGGCCCGAGGAGAGGCUUAAAGUCGCACCAAUCAAAGAACAGAACUCCGACACCACAUCCCUAGGGAAAACAUUCAGACGAAACAUGUGAUACAGCAGGGCCUUGGCCGUCUCCUUGGCUGAGGGCAACUUGGGCAUAGGAAUUAAAAUGCACCAUUUUGGAAAAAACGAUCCACCACUGUCAAGACAGUGGUGUUACCUUCAGAGACUGACAGGCCAGUGACGAAGUCCGCAGAGAUGUCGGACCGGGGCCGGUGUGGCACAGGAAGAGGAUGCAGUUGACCUGCAGGAGGUUGAUGAGACACUUUAUUUCUGGCACAGACAGGGCAGGCAGAGACAUAUUCUGUUACCUCCUUCUCCAUAGAAGGCCACCAGAACCUUUGCUUGAUUACAAAUAUUGUCCUUUUGACUCCAGGAUGGCAGGAGAUGGGGGAAGAGUGUGCCCAGUGGAUGACCUGAGAACGUAACUCAGAGGGAACAAACAGUCGAUUGUGAGAAAUACCAACAGGGGGAGCAUUAGCUUUAUUAGCCUCAACCACUUUGUCUUCAAUGUCCCAGGUAAAAGCUCCAAUAAAACAGGCUUUAGGAAGAAUGGUGUGAGGUUCUUUGGGAGACUUUACCUUAGAGUACAGGCGAGAGAGAGUGUCAGGUUUAGUGUUUUGAGAGCCAGGAUGGUAGGAGAGGGUGAAAUUAAAUCUAUUAAAGAAGAGGGCCCACCUGGCUUGACGUGAGUUGAGUCUCUUGGCUGACUUCAAGUAUUCCAAAUUCUUAUGGUCUGUCCAAACGAUGAAUGGUUGUGCUGCCCCCCCCAGCCAGUGUCUCCACCCUCCAAGGCAACCUCAAUGGCUAACAGUUCUUUAUUUCCAACAUCAUAAUUCUUUUCUGCAGAGGAGAGUUUACAUUAUAAAAACGCACAGAGAUGGAGCUUACCAUCCGAAGCAGACCUCUGGGACAGCACCGCGGCAACUCCAACAUCAGAUGCAUCAACCUCCACCACAAACUGCCUGUCUGGAUUCGGUAGAGUGAGGAUGGGAGCUGAGGAGAAUCUUGACUUGAGUUCUUUGAAAGCUGUCUGCCUGAGGAGUCCAUUCGAAUGGUCUGUGAGGAGAGAGGUAGGAGUGGGCCAACUUUCCACAGCAGCCACCUUUUCAGAGUCCAUCCUAAACUCUCCUUCUACCAGAACAAAGCCCAGAAAGGAAACACUGGACUGGCACCUGCGCCUUGUUUAAGGCGGACCAGAACUCUGGCGGCCUCCCGACCUGGAACACCUGCGUGCACAGUAUCUAAGAUCUGCUGUUUGUAAAAAUUACACUUUCAUCAAACCCAUGUCAGCAGACCUGAUUCAGACGGCUAACAGCACUGGAGAACAGUUAAAGGCUGCAUUGAGUAACGUGACAAAAGACAAAGAGCAGCUGCAGAAAAGCUACAACACCUUAAAACAAGAGAAAGAUCAGCUACAGACAAACUACAAGAAUUUGACUCAGAUUAAAAAUCAACUUGAGAACAGUUACCAAUCACUGUCCAAAGACAAAGAUGCUUUGCAACUCCGUUGUAACACUCUGCAGAGAGACAAAGAUCAGCUCAGGAGUGAUUACACUAGUUUGGAAACUGUUAAAGAUCAGCUAGAGAAGAAGGUUAUAAAAGUAAGAGGUGACCUGACUAGAGAGAGAGACGCACUGCAGGAAAGCUACAACACCCUGAAACAAGAGAAAGAUCAGCUACAGACAAACUAUAACAGCACUCAGAGGAAUCUCAACAACCUGCAGAGAGAAAAGAAUGACUUACAGACUCAGUUUAACACCAUGAGAACAAACAGAGAUGAGUUACAGACAAGUAAUGCUGCACUGAAGAGUGAAAAGGACCAGUUACAAAGAAGCAAAGACAGCUUGCAAAGCCAGUUUAAUACUCUGCAGAGGGAGAAAGAUCAGCUGAGGGCCGACUACAACAAUUUGACUCAAGUUAGAGAUCAAUUACAGCAGAGAGUCAACGCACUAGUCAACUCUUGUCCAGGAGGCUGGAGAAAGUUUGAUGGCGGCAGUUGUUUCUAUGUUUCAACUCAAAGACGUACCUGGUAUUCAAGCAGAGACUUCUGCAUCUCCCAAGGAGGUCGUCUGGCGAUCUUAAACAACAGGGAUAAAAUGAUGUUUGUCAACGGGUUGCUGAGACCAGGUGUAGAAGCCUGGAUCGGUCUGACUGACAGUGGUAGUGAGGGGACCUGGAAGUGGGUGGAUGGGUCCAUCAUCACAACUACAUUCUGGCAGUCUGGGCAGCCCAACAGCUGGGGAGGAAACCAGGACUGUGGAGAAAUUGUGCAGAAAGGAAACAUUGGAGAGUGGAAUGAUGAAGGUUGUUCUUCUGAAAAUGUGUGUGUGUGUGAAAUCCCUGUGUAACAUACAGUUAACCUGUUCUGUAUUUACACAUCUCUAUAUAUAACUAUCCCAAUCUAGAUUGCAGAUGUAAAAUAUUAUAUUUUUUGCUUUCUUGAUUCAAAACAAGGAAAUCUUAAAGCAGUGAUCUGUUAUAAAUUUUAAAUAUUGUACAUUUGGUUGCUGAGUGGUGCUUGAUGAUAAAAAAAAACAAAAACAAAAAAAAAAAAACUGAUUUUGUAUUCGUUGACUGAUGCCAGACUGUGCUGUGGCUUUGGCAAAGCUUUAUUUGACAAAUUGCCUUCUUUAUAAUGAAACUGAAUACAUGUUAUUGAGUGUGUAUGAAAGUUUAAUCCAGAUGAUGUUUGCUAUGAAGUAUAAACGUUCAGAAUUUACAUGCAUAUUAAUACUGUACAAACUUAUGAUAACUAUGUCAAAGGGGUACAACACAAUGUCUGUUAUGUUUCAAUAAAAAUGUC